CGCUGCCGCCUUGGGUUGGGGGCCCGUCACUCGGCAGCUGCAGUUGACGGAACAAACGACAAGAUCACGAGCUGUCACGACUGACGGACCAAAAGCUACUACCUAGAGCUAUCAACCACCGCAGCGCCCAACAUCUUGCCGCCGCCAAACCGACGAUUUCGAUUCUCCUCCGUGCGCAUAAUACCAAACAACAAAACCAAGCGCAAUCAUCAUCACCACGACGUGAUUAAAAGUACGCCCGACGAGUUUGCCCGCCUUUCGAACAAUUCGUCGAUACAAUCCAUCCGUCUAGCGUCAUCAGCUUCAGUCCAGCUGGUCCCAUCCCUCUAUACCUACACACACAAAUCACAACAUUCACAAUGGCCUCAACACAACCCAAGAACGACGCCAAGUCGACCGAGCCCAAGCCCGAGCAGCCCGUUACCGAGAAGAAGACGGCCGUGUUGGAGGAGGACGACGAGUUUGAGGACUUCCCCGUCGAUGACUGGGAAGCCGAAGACACAGAAGCCGCCAAGGGCAACAACGAGGCCAAGCACCUAUGGGAGGAGUCCUGGGACGACGACGACACGAGCGACGACUUUUCCGCCCAGCUAAAGGAGGAGCUCAAGAAGGUUGAGGCUGCCAAGAAGCGGUAAUCGGAGGACUUUCGAAGCUUGUACAAAGUAUGAUAUGAGGGGAGGACAGGCGCAUCAAUACAAUGUUGACCAAAGUUUCAGUCCGGGAUCUUGCGGUGACAUUGCUGUGCGAGGCUUCGAUAUGCGAGUGAAAGGUGAAGGAGACCCUCCGACUAUAAAGAGACAAUAUCCGGAGACGUACCGACUUGUGUAGUCAUUGACACAAGUCAUUGGGUAUCAACACGGGAUUGAGAUGAUCUGCAUAGACUUCGUCUCGAACUUGGUGCAUAAACUCGAAUAAUAUCUUGGGAUGAACCAGAUUCGUCAAGCUUAUCCGCACAUCACACUUCGAAUCAUAAAAACUGGACUUUAACUGUUUUGUUCUAUUUAUCGACUUUGGACUGAGUGCCUAUCAUAGACUGGCCCUGCUAAUCCUUCCAAGGACCCUUUAUCAUCAUAUGUUUU